AUGGGGGGGGCCAAACCCCCACAAGCUGUGCUUUUCGUGCUCAUCGACGUGAACGGAGAAGGCGCCCAGGUGCUGCCGUACUUCGGCCUCCAGAGCGACGCGGUCCCCACCAUGCGCUUCAUCAAGCUGGAGAGCAGCCAGAAGUUCCGCAUGGCCCCCGAGGACUUCGCCCCUGAGGCCAUGGGCGCCUUCGUGCGGGACGUGCUCGACGGCAAGGUCCAGCCCCACCUCAUGAGCCAGGAGCUCCCCGAGGACUGGGAUAAGCAGCCAGUGAAAGUCCUCGUGGGCAAGAACUUCGAGCGAGUGGCUUACGAUGAGGCCAAGAACGUGUUUGUCAAGUUCUAUGCCCCCUGGUGCACACAUUGCAAGGAGAUGGCGCCUGUCUGGGAGGAGCUGGCUGAGAAGUACAAAGAUCACGAGAACAUCGUCAUUGCCAAGCUGGACGCAACGGCCAACGAGAUAGCGAAUCUCACCAUCCACGGCUACCCCACCCUGCACUAUUUCCCGGCGGGGCCCGGCAGGAAGAUGAUUGAGUACAAGAGCACCAGAGACCUGGAGACCUUCUCCAAGUUCCUGGACAACGGCGGGACGCUGCCCGCGGAGGACACGGAGCCCGUGUGCGUGGCUACGGUGGUGGGCUUCCUUGGUAGCUCGCCCUCGCAGGAUGCUACAUUUAAUUACAUUAUGGUAAUCGAGCGGCCCAGCUAG